GAAAGAUUUCUCCCCUCCCAAAAACAAUUUCAACUCUCUCUUCUCUCUCUCUCAUCAGAUCGACGGCGUACGGACACGGCGGAGGGAUGGCGGAGCUGAUAUCGGCGGCGAAGGGAAACUCCACCACCGGAAACACGCUCUUCUCUCCAUACAAGAUGGGCAGAUUCGAUCUCUCCCACAGGGUGGUGUUGGCGCCGAUGGUGAGGUGCAGGGCGAUAGGGAGCGUUGCAAACGCGGCGAUGGCCGAGUAUUACACCCAACGCUCCACUCCCGGCGGUUUCCUCAUCUCCGAAGGCACCAUGAUCGCUCCUGGCUCCAACGGAUAUCCGCAUAUUCCUGGAAUUUACAACGACGAACAAGUAGAAGCAUGGAAGAAGGUCGUGGACGGCGUUCAUCGCCAAGGAAGCGUCUUCUUUUGUCAACUAUGGCACGCUGGCCGAGCCUCUCAUACAGUGUACCAACCCGGAGGAGGUGCGCCUAUCUCGUCCACCACCAUGCCGAUUUCAAGUACGUGGGGACCUCUCUUGCCCGAUGGUUCGUACGGGAAAUACCCGAAACCUCGAGCUCUAGAAGCUUCCGAGAUCCCUCGGGUCGUGGAGUGUUACCGCAUUGCAGCCAUUAACAGCAUCCGAGCAGGUUUCGACGGGGUCGAGAUCCACGGAGGUCAUGGUUAUCUCAUCGACCAGUUCAUGAAGGACGGUAUCAAUGAUCGAACCGAUGAAUACGGUGGUUCCAUUGCGAAUCGUUGCAAAUUCCUGAUGCAGGUAGUUCAAGCCGUGGUUUCAUCCAUUGGAGCCGACCGAGUCGCGGUGAGGAUAUCUCCGGCUAUCGAUCAUCUUGAUGCAAUUGAAUCCAAUCCAUUAGCCCUCGGGCUAGAAAUCGUUGAUCGGUUAAACAAGUUUCAAGAAAGCAACGGCUCGAAGCUAGCUUACCUGCACGUGACGCUUCCCCGUUACCAUGCCUACCAAAAAAACGCAUCGAAAAAGCAAGGGAUGGGAGAGGAAGAAGGCGUUGAGAUGAUAAGGGCAUUGAGGAGGAAGUAUAACGGCACUUUCAUGUCAAGCGGAGGGUUCACCCGAGAACUCGGAAUGGAGGCUAUUCGACAAGGCGAUGCGGACUUGAUCUCGUACGGAAGGUUGUUUAUCUCGAAUCCGGAUUUGGUUUUGCGGUUUAAGAUCAAUGGGAAGCUCAACAAGUAUGAUCGGAAAACGUUUUACACCCAUGAUCCGAUCGUAGGCUACACAGAUUAUCCAUUCCUUGGGAAGGAGAAAGCAAACCAUCAACCUUUAUCCCGUCUUUGAGUCCCCAAACUUCGAUUUUUUGAUGGAAUCUGCAGAAGAGUUUGGAGAUAUUCUCAAUGAAUCUAUUUCAGUGUUGGUCAUGUUAUUUUAUAUCUCAAAUUACUUAGUAUGCGAUUAUUAUUUCAAUUU